AUGUCAAAUGAAAUCCCCGAUGACUUGUCAGUUUCGGAAUGUUAUAGAUUACUCAUAAGAGCACUUGAUAAUAUAUCGAAAGAUAUCACUACAAAAAUUUCGGAACAUAAAGAAGAAGUUUCCAAAAAGUUCAAGGAGGCCGAUGAAAAAAUUGAGAGUCUACAAAACGAAAACAAGAUACUAAAAAAACAAAUCGAAUCAAACGAAAGAGAGUUGAAGAAAAAUAACGUCAUCAUCUUUGGACUACAAGAAGAAGAAGAAGAAAACCUAUAUGAAAAAGUAGUAGACUUCAUCCAAAACAAAAUCCAAAUUGCAGAUUUCAAUAAAUCGGAUCUGAGCUGUGUAUACCGAUUUGGCAGGCAAGAUACAUAUCCCCGACCAGUACUCGUGAAAAUAUUAGCCCUAUAUAGAAAAUCAGAAAUCCUGAAAAACGGAUACCUACUGAAAAACAGCAACUACUCAGUGAGCAACGACUUAUCACCAAUAGAAAGACAAAAUCAGAAAAUAUUGAGGAAACACCUCAAAAAAGCGAAAGAACAAAAUCUAGAAGCCUAUAUAAGAGGAAACAAUUUAAUAGUGGAUACCAAAAGCUACAAUAGUAGUGAUCUAGUGGAAUUAGAAAAGAACGAAAAAGAGAAGGAAGAAGUCAAGGAAGCAGGGAAAAGUGGAAAGGACAAUAAACCAACAUCCAAAACUAAAGACGAUAGCAUAUUGAAAGGAAAAGAAGUUGAAAUUAGGAAAAGAAAUAACUCGGAACGAAGUAAUGGAUCAUCGAGGAUUGAGUCCCACACGAAGAUAAAUAGCAACUACACCACAAGAAGCCAAGUACCUAGAAAAUAA